GUUAACGUUUCUGAUUUACAUAUAUUGCCUUCUUUAUUUGUUUCACCAAAAUUCCGUUUCCAAUUAGCUCCUCCAAGAGCUAUCAGAUUUGUAUCAAAAAAUGGAAUUGUCCCAAUAAGAGGAUAUUGGAGUGCUUAUUAUUGGUUAUUGGGAAUUAAAUUUUCAACAUCUGGGUGGGUACAGGUUGUUGCAGAGAAUAUAACCUCAGCUUUAGAAUUGGGAAUUAAUCACCAGAAGGAAAGACCUCAAUUUGAAGUUUUUAGUUGUUAUGCGGCAAAUGAUAAACUACAAAUUGAAAUAGGCGGAGGCUUUAUUCCUUGGUUAAUUAAUUUAUUUAAAACUCCUUUAAGUAAUGCAUUGAAAGAAGUUUUACACGAUCAACACAUUUAUCGAAUCCAAAUUAUUUACUGAUGUUUUAGCACAAAACAAUUCUGAAACUUGUCCGUUUGGGCCUUCAACAGAAAUGUCAGUUAAAGAAUCGGGAAUUAAAUGGAUGGCAUCUAUUUGGAUUCAUAGUAGUAUUCCUAAUUGUUUACUUUGGUCAUUACAUAAAUCAGACAUUCUUCAAAUUACAAUUGGUCCUAACUUUGCGAGUGGGAGAUUAAAGAGAUUUCUUCAAACUAGUUGCCAUAUUUAUCAAAUCUGUCUGGGCACUUUCUUCCCAAUAUUAGCACGUGAAUAUCCAGACAAACAUAUAGACUUUCAUUUCCAUUCAAUGCUUCCUCCAACUUUAAAAUUUAUUUCUUCAACAGAAUAUAAUGAAAAUAAUAUUUUAUUGGAAGCUGAAUUUUUUGUUGAUUUACAUAUUUCACCGUGGCAAGAGAAUCAAAAUGUUUUAGCUAGACUGGCAGCAAAUUCGACAGCAAUUAUUGAACCAUUUUUUGAAAAUACUCGAUUAAAAGGGAAUUUAAUAAAUUUACAGGUUAAAUUUUCUGAAGUAAACAGUACAAUUGGGAACUUUUCUGAACAGUAA